AUGCGCAGACCUUAUGUACGAAGGUUACCAGCAUGGUAUUAUCGGGUGAUUAAAACAGAUCUAGACGUGUAUCCACAAGACUUUGAUGAGGAUCUUUCCGAUCUGGAGGUUAGCAACACUUGCAGGAAGGAGGAGGUAGAGUCUAGAAAACGUGAUGACGACGACCACCAAGAAGAAGAAGAAGAAGAAGAAGAAGAAGAAGAAGCUGAUGACGAUGAUGAAGACUUUGAAAAUGCCCUUGACUUGGAAGAUGGGCAACCCUCUGAGUCAGAGGAUGCGAUGUCUGAAAGAUCGUACGACGGAUCUGAUGCAGACUAUUACUAUGAACCAAAAGAAAUGCGUGAAGACCGCAAACGGGAACUGCGAGAAGAAAAGGAAAAGGCAUACGCUUUCGACAAAACUAAAGAACUGGAAGUUCAGAAUGCGUAUGACAUUACGAAGCUGGAGAAGGAGAACCCAGUUGAUUUACGUCUUUUUGACCCCAAUACCAGCAACCUCUUUAGUAUAUACUCUACAGAUUGGGUACAGCACUGUUACUCCUCUUCGCAUCACGCUUCACCGUAUAUUGAGUUUUAUGUCUCGGACGAAGAUCCCUUACAGCCAUCGUCAGAGCGAGAAAAACACGCAGAUAGACGGCCACAUAUACAUUUAUGGGUCUCUCGACACUCCUUUCGAGUCAUUCCAUCCCCCUCAACAUGCAACUCUCGACGAAAUCAAGUUGAAGAGCUACGAUGGCAAAUACAAACUCACGGUUCAAUUCUUUAG